AUGUCCCUUCUCGAGUUAACCCCAGAGAUGGAUCAUUCCGUCAAAAUUAGCGAUCACUAUAACAGCUGGCCCACCGACAAAGGGUACGAUCCCGAAUACGAACAACGCGAACCAGUCGAGCUACCAGUAACGGGUCAAAUUCCCGCCUACGCCGCUGGAGUCUUAUACCGCACUGGUCCUGGGAAAAGCCAGGUCCAGGCUGAGAACGGAGACAUCCUGCGACUCUCUCACUGGUUCGAUGGAUUCAGUCAAACGCAUCGCUUCCAGAUCAGAGCCCCUGAUGAAUCUAAUCCAGCAACUCGGAUCUUCUACAACUCCCGCUUUUCAACAGAUGAUCUGAUCGAACAAUCGAGAAAAUCUGGAAAUCUGGACAAAAUCAGCUUCGGACAAAAGCGCGAUCCGUGCAAGAGCGUCUUGGGCAAAGUCCAAAGUGAAUUUGAACCUCAACCUAGUCCAUCUAGUGCCAACAUCGGUGUCACUCUUUCAAUCAAUUUCCCUGGUCUGGAUACUAAGUCUGGCGAUGAGUCUACCUCACGCUGGACCAAUUCUGAGGGAAUCCGAACUCUCUAUGCAAAGACCGACUACAAUGCUUUCAAGAAGCUCGACCCAGAAACCCUCGAGCCGAUAGGUCUAGCCUCACAGAAAGAUCUACACCCGGAACUCUCAGGGCAACUAUCUGCAGCGCAUGCUCGGUCCGAUCCCGUCACUGGAGAUAUGUUUAACUUCAACCUCACUCUUGGACCAACGUGCACAUAUCGCGUGUUCAGAGUAUCAGCGUCAACAGGAGAAACGACAAUCCUAGCAACGUUUGACGCGAUCCCCGCCUAUCUCCACUCUUUGCUCAUCACCGGAGACCACGUCGUCCUGUGUAUUUGGAAUGCGCAUGUGAACCCACUGGCCUUCAAUCAGUCUUUCAUUGACGCAAUCUUACCAACGGACCCCAGCCAGCCCGCAAUAUGGUAUGUAAUUGACCGCAAGCACGGAAACGGUCUGAUCGCAACGUACGAAAGCCCAGCCUUCUUCUGCUUCCACACUAUCAAUGCCUGGCUCGAACCUUCUAAGGAAGAUCCAACCAAGAUGGAUAUUGUCGCGGAUCUUGUCAAAGCAGAUAGCUCUGACGUGCUGCAAUCCCUCUACUACGAUAACCUGAUCUCCUCACGAGAUACAGCCAAGGCAUUCCAGAAGAAAAGAGAUGAUUCUUUCCGUACAUCGGUUACUCGAUUCCGACUGCUCCGGGUUCCAUAUGCUCCAGAGACCGAUAUUAAGAAUGUGUCUAUUGAAUGGUCGGUGUGCAAAUCCUUGUCACCCGAGCUGCCGACUAUGGAUCCCAAGCGAGUCACCCUGAAGCACAGAUAUGUCUAUGGCGUGACCUUCCGCGGAGAGGCUACCCUGACGGAUGGAAUUAUGAAGCUUGAUUGUGAUACUCAGCAGGUUCGACUCUGGGCUUGUCAUGGUCAGUCUCCUGGUGAGCCCAUUUUUGUCGCCAACCCCGAGGGAACGAGCGAGGACGACGGAGUACUUCUCAGUGUUGUCCUUGAUGGGAACAGAAGUAAGAGUUAUCUGCUUUGUCUUGAUGCGAGGGAUUUCACUGAAAUUGGUCGCGCGAAUGUCGAUGGAGCUGUUGGGUUCGGUUUCCAUGGCCAGCACGUUCCGACGUUGGGUGGGAUGCCUACUGGUGAUUACUAG